AUGCCUUUCUCGUUUUCUCUCACGUUAUAUCUUCUUUGUUUUCACUCUCUCUCUCUCUCUCUCUCUCUCUCUCUCUCUCUCUCUCUCUCUCUCUCUGCUAUUCUCUCUACUUACCUAUCCAUCUAUCUAACAAUCUAUUUCUCAUGCGUCCUUAUCUAUCUCGCAUAUUUUUUAAUUACCCCGCGUAAUUCGUACGUAUCUAUCUAUCUAUCUAUCUAUCUAUCUAUCUAUCUAUCUAUCUAUCAUCUAUCUAUUCUGUUCAUUAAUAUCUACCUCUCUAUUCUGUUCUUAUCUAUCUAUCUAUCUAUCUAUCUAUCUAUUUCAGUCUGUUCUUAUCUAUCUAUCUAUCUAUCUAUCUAUCUAUCUCAUUACCUUCAUAUCUCAAUCUGUUCUUAUCUAUUUUUGCGUGUAUUUUUGCGUGUCUGUCUGUCUGUCUGUCUGUCUCUCUCUCUCUCUCUCUCUCUCUCUCUGCUUCUCGAUUACAGCUUCCGCCCAGAUUCAGUUCUUUCAUUCGUUAUCUUUCUUUUCUUCUCUCUAUCUGUUUCUCUCUUAGUCUCGUUCAAGAGUGCCUUUGAAUUUAGGGUUCCUUCCUUCCUUCCUUCCUUCCUUCCUUCCUUCCUUCCUUCCUUCCUUCCCCCUUCCUUCCUUCCUUCCUUCCUUCCUUCCAUCCUUCAUUCCUUCCUUCCUUCCUUCAUUCCUUCCUUCCUUCCUUCCUUCCUUCAUUCCUUCCUUCCUUCCUACCUUCUUUUCUUCCUUCCCUCCUUCCUUUCCCCCUUCCUUCCUUCCUUCCUUCCUUCUUUCCUUCCUUCCUCCUUCCUUCCCCCCUUCCUUCCUUCCCCCUUCCUUCCUUCCUUCCUUCCUACCUUCUUUCCUUCCUUCCCUCCUUCCUUCCCCCCUUCCUUCCUUCCUUCCUUCCAUCCUUCAUUCCUUCCAUCCUUCAUUCCUUCCAUCCUUCAUUCCUUCCUUCCUUCCUUCUUUCCUUCCUUCCCUCCUUCCUUUCCCCCUUCCUUCCUUCCCCCCUUCCUUCCUUCCUUCCUUCCCUCCUUCCAUCCUUCAUUCCUUCCAUCCUUCAUUCCUUCCAUCCUUCAUUCCUUCCUUCCUUCCUUCUUUUCCUUCCUUCCCUCCUUCCUUUCCCCCCUUCCUUCCUUCCCUUCCUUCCUUCCUUCUUCCUUCCUUCCUUCCUUCCUUCCUUCCUUUCCUUCCUUUCCUUUCCUUCCUUCCCUUCCUUCCUUCCUUCCAUCCUUCCUUCCUUCCUUCCUUCUUUCCUUCCUUCCUCCUUCCUUCCUUCCUUCCUUCCUUCCUUCCUUCCUUCCUUCCUUCCUUCCUUCCUUUCCUUCCCCUUCCUUCCUUCCUUCCUUCCUUCUUCCUUCCUUCUUUUCCUUCCUUCCUUCCUUCUUUUUCCCCCUUCCUUCCUUCCCUUCCAUCCUUCCUUCUUCCUUCCUUCCUUCCUUCCUUCCCCCUUCCUUCCUUCCCAUUCCUUCCUUCCCCUUCCUUCUUUUCCUUCCUUUCCUUCCUUCCUUCCUUCCUUCCUUCCUUCCUUCUUCCUUCCUUUCCUUCCUUCCCCCUUCAUUCCUUCCCUUCCAUUUUCUUCCUUCCUUCCUUCCUUCCCUUCCUUCCUUCUUUUCCCCAUUCCUUCUUUUUCCUUCCUUCCUUCCUUUUCCUUCCUUCCCUCCCCUUCCCCCUUCCUUCCUUCCUUCCCCCCUUCCUUCCUUCCUUCCUUCCAUCCUUCAUUCCUUCCUUCCUUCAUUCCUUCCAUCCUUUAUUCCUUCAUUCCUUCCUUCCUUCCUUCAUUCCUUCCUUCCUUUCUUCCUUCCUUCUUUCCUUCCUUCCUUUUCAUUUUGUUCAUAUCUAUGUAUCUAUCAAUCUCAAUUUGUUCAUAUCUAUCUAUGCAAGUCUCUUCAUAUCUAUCUAUCUAUCUAUCUAUCAAAGACAACUGCCCUUUUAAUGAAAUUCCUUCCUACCCUCUCUUUAUACCAGCCUUGGCCUUCUCCUUUUUUCUUCUCUUUUCCAUCGCUCAUCCCUUUUAUCUCUCUCUCUCUCUCUAUCUCUCACUAUCUCUCCCUCCCCCCCCCUCUCUCUCUCUCUCUCUCUCUUUCUUUGUAUUCAUCGUUGGGGCUCUUUCCCAGAUUCCCUUCUCCCCAUGAUUUCAAGUCCCGUCCCUCCAACCUCCUUCCCUCAUAA